AUGGCGCGCGGGGCCGGCGCGCGCGCCUAGGCUGGCGGGACCGUUAGCUGGAGGCGGACGCGGCCGGCCGGGGCCCCGCGCGGGGAUGGAGCCGUCGCCGUCGCCGGCGUCCGAGCCGAGCCCGGGGCCGGCCCCGGCACGGAGCCGUAGGCGGCGGGAGCCCGAGUCGCAGCCGGCGCCGGCGCCGAUUCCUCUUUUUGGUGCUAAGACUCUUGGCCAGAGAAGUCCUGAUGGGCCAGUGCUGAGCAAAGCGGAAUUUGUGGAGAAGGUUCGUCAGAGUAAUCAGGCCUGUCACGACGGGGAUUUCCACACGGCCAUUGUUCUGUAUAAUGAAGCCCUGGCUGUUGACCCUCAGAACUGCAUCUUGUACAGCAAUCGAUCUGCAGCCUACAUGAAGAUCCAGCAGUAUGACAAGGCCCUGGAUGAUGCCAUCAGAGCUCGACUCCUCAACCCUAAAUGGCCGAAGGCAUACUUCCGACAGGGCGUCGCCCUCCAGUACCUUGGACGUCAUGCCGAUGCCCUGGCAGCCUUUGCCUCUGGACUGGCUCAGGACCCCAAGAGUCUUCAGCUUCUCGUGGGGAUGGUAGAAGCGGCCAUGAAAUCUCCCAUGAGAGACUCCCUCGAACCCACUUACCAGCAGCUUCAGAAAAUGAAACUGGACAAGAGCCCCUUUGUGGUCGUGUCCGUGGUUGGACAGGAGCUGCUGACCGCCGGCCACCACGGGGCCUCUGUGGUUGUCUUAGAAGCUGCCCUGAAGAUCGGCACCUGCAGCCUCAAACUCAGAGGCUCCGUCUUCUCCGCCCUGAGCAGCGCUUACUGGUCUCUUGGGAACACAGAGAAGAGCACGGGUUACAUGCAGCAGGACUUGGAUGUAGCCAAGACCUUAGGUGACCAGACAGGAGAAUGCCGAGCUCAUGGGAAUCUGGGCUCUGCAUUCUUCUCCAAGGGAAAUUACCGGGAGGCGCUCACGAACCAUAGGCAUCAGCUGGUGCUUGCCAUGAAGCUCAAGGAUCGAGAGGCAGCCUCAUCAGCCCUGAGCAGUCUGGGCCACGUGUACACUGCCAUUGGCGACUACCCCAACGCACUUGCCAGCCACAAGCAGUGUGUCCUCCUCGCCAAGCAAUCCAAAGACGAGCUCUCCGAAGCGCGAGAGCUUGGCAACAUGGGAGCUGUGUACAUCGCCAUGGGUGACUUUGAGAAUGCCGUGCAGUGCCACGAGCAGCAUCUGAAGAUUGCCAAGGAACUGGGCAACAAGCGCGAGGAGGCGCGCGCCUACAGCAACCUGGGCAGCGCCUACCACUACCGGAGGAACUUCGACAAGGCCAUGUCCUACCACAAUUACGUGCUGGAGCUGGCGCAGGAGCUGAUGGAGAAGGCCAUCGAGAUGCGGGCCUACGCGGGCCUGGGCCACGCUGCCAGGUGCAUGCAGGACCUGGAGAGGGCUAAGCAGUACCACGAGCAACAGCUGGGCAUCGCGGAGGACCUCAAGGACCGGGCAGCCGAAGGGCGAGCGUCCUCCAAUCUGGGAAUCAUCCACCAGAUGAAAGGCGACUACGACACGGCACUGAGGCUGCACAAGACCCACCUCUGCAUCGCCCAGGAGCUGAGCGACUACGCAGCCCAGGGCCGGGCCUACGGCAACAUGGGCAACGCCUACAACGCGCUGGGCAUGUACGACCAGGCCGUCAAGUACCACCGGCAGGAGCUGCAGAUCUCCAUGGAGGUCAACGACCGCGCCUCCCAGGCCUCCACGCAUGGCAACCUGGCCGUGGCCUACCAGGCCCUGGGCGCCCACGACCGGGCCCUGCAGCACUACCAGAACCACCUCAACAUCGCUCGCGAGCUGCGUGACAUCCAGAGCGAGGCCCGGGCCCUCAGCAACCUGGGCAACUUCCACUGCUCCCGGGGCGAGUACGUCCAGGCCGCCCCCUACUACGAGCAGUACCUGCGGCUGGCCCCCGACCUCCAGGACAUGGAAGGAGAGGGCAAGGUCUGCCACAACCUCGGCUACGCCCACUACUGCCUGGGCAAUUACCAGGAGGCCGUGAAGUACUACGAGCAGGACCUGGCCCUCGCCAAGGACCUGCACGACAAACUGAGCCAGGCCAAGGCCUACUGCAACCUGGGCCUGGCCUUCAAGGCCCUGCUGAACUUCAGCAAGGCCGAGGAGUGCCAGAAGUACCUGCUGUCCCUGGCCCAGUCCCUGAACAACUCCCAGGCGAGGUUCCGUGCCCUCGGUAACCUGGGCGACAUAUUCAUCUGCAAGAAGGACGUGUGCGGCGCCAUCAAGUUCUACGAGCAGCAGCUGGGCCUGGCCCACCACGUGAAGGACCGGCGGCUGGAGGCCGGGGCCUACGCCGCCCUGGGCACCGCCUACCGCAUGCUCCAGAAGUACGACAAGGCCCUGGGCUACCACACGCAGGAGCUGGAGGUGUAUCAGGAGCUGAGCGAGCUUCCGGGCGAGUGCCGGGCGCACGGGCACCUGGCCGCCGUCUACAUGGCCCUGGGGAAGUACACAAUGGCCUUCAAGUGCUAUGAGGAGCAGCUGGAGCUGGGCCAGAAGCUCAAGGAGCCCGGCCUGGAGGCCCAGGUCUACGGCAACAUGGGCAUCACCAAGAUGAACAUGAACGUCAUGGAGGAGGCCAUCGGCUACUUUGAGCAGCAGCUGGCCACGCUGCAGCAACUCAGCGGCAGCGAGGCGGUGCUGGACCGGGGCCGCGCCUACGGCAACCUGGGGGACUGCUACGAGGCCCUGGGGGACUACGAGGAGGCCAUCAAGUACUACGAGCAGUACCUGUCGGUCGCCCAGAGCCUGAACCGCAUGCAAGACCAAGCCAAGGCGUACCGGGGUCUCGGGAAUGGCCACAGGGCCAUGGGGAGCUUGCAGCAAGCCCUCGUGUGCUUCGAGAAGCGGCUGGUGGUGGCCCACGAGCUCGGGGAGGCCUUUAACAAGGCGCAGGCCUACGGCGAGCUGGGCAGCCUGCACAGCCAACUGGGCAACUACGAGCAAGCCAUCUCCUGCCUGGAGCGCCAGCUGCACCUCGCACGGGAGAUGAAGGACCGGGCCCUGGAGAGCGACGCGGCCUGCGGCCUGGGGGGCGUCUACCAGCAGAUGGGGGAGUACGACACGGCCCUGCAGUACCACCAGCUCGACCUGCAGAUCGCCGAGGAGACCAACAACCCCACCUGCCAGGGCCGGGCCUACGGCAACCUGGGCCUGACCUACGAGUCGCUAGGCACCUUCGAGCGGGCUGUGGUGUACCAGGAGCAACACUUGAGCAUCGCCGCGCAGAUGAACGACCUGGCGGCCAAGACCGUGUCCUACAGCAGCCUGGGCCGCACCCACCACGCCCUGCAGAACUACUCGCAGGCCGUCAUGUACCUACAGGAAGGUUUGAGGUUAGCUGAGCAACUUGGCCGCAGAGAAGACGAAGCUAAAAUCCGCCACGGACUCGGUCUGUCCCUCUGGGCCAGCGGCAACCUGGAGGAGGCCCAGCACCAGCUGUACCGGGCAUCAGCCCUGUUUGAAACCAUCCGCCACGAGGCGCAGCUAAGCACGGAUUACAAACUCUCACUCUUCGACCUGCAGACGUCCUCCUACCAGGCCUUGCAGCGGGUGCUCGUCAGCUUGGGCCAUCACGACGAAGCCCUGGCAGUGGCCGAGAGAGGACGGACGAGGGCCUUCGCAGACCUGCUGGUGGAAAGGCAGAUGGGGCAGCAGGACUCUGACCCAUACUCGCCCGUGACCGUCGAUCAGAUCCUGGAGGUGGUGAAUGGGCAGCGCGGCCUGGUGCUGUACUACUCCCUGGCUGCCGGCUACCUGUACAGCUGGCUGCUGGCCCCGGGAGCAGGGAUCCUGAAGUUUCAUGAGUACUACCUGGGCGACAACACAGCGGAAAUCUCCGGUGACGUCCAGGCGGGCAGCAGCGCCACCCUUCCAUCGACCACCAGCUCAGCCCUGGAACAACUCAUCACCAAUGUGCGGGAGGCCCUGGGGGUGGAGUCCUACUACUCCAGGGCCUGCGCCAGCAGCGAGACGGAGAGUGAGGCCGGGGACAUCAUGGAGCGGCACUUUGAAGAGAUGAAUGAACGACUGAACUCGGUCACCGACCCCACCGGCUUCCUGCGCAUGGUCCGGCGCAACAACCUCUUCAACAGGAGCUGCCAGAGCAUGACGAGCUUGGUGAGCAGCACAGCGUCCCCCAGCAAGGACGGGGCCUCGUCCCUGCCCCGGAGGCAGAGUUCAGCCGUGCGCCCUCCGCUGCGUGCCCUCUACGACCUGCUCAUCGCGCCCAUGGAAGGGGGCCUGAUGCACUCGAGCGGCCCAGUGGGCCGGCACCGGCAGCUGGUCCUGGUGCUGGAGGGGGAGCUCUACCUCGUCCCCUUCGCCCUGCUCAAGGGCACCUCCUCCAACGAGUACCUCUGCGAGCGCUUCGCCCUCAUCUCCAUCCCCUCCAUCCGCGCCCUCGGCCCCCAAGCCAAGACUCAGCUGCGGAAGAGCCCGCCCACCUACUCCAGCUCUACCUCCAUGGCCGCCGUGGUGGGCAACCCCAAGCUGCCGUCGGCCGUGAUGGACAGGUGGCUGUGGGGGCCCAUGCCCUCGGCCGAGGAGGAGGCCUACAUGGUGUCCGAGCUGCUGGGCUGCCAGCCCCUGGUGGGCAGCGUGGCCACCAAGGAGAGGGUCAUGAGCGCCCUGAGCCAGGCCGAGUGCGUCCACUUCGCCACGCACAUCUCCUGGAAGCUCUCGGCCCUGGUGCUCACGCCUGGCCCGGACGGCAACCCGGUGGGCAGCAAGAGCUCCUUCGGCCACCCCUACACCAUCCCCGAGAGCCUGCGCGUGCAGGACGACGCCAGCGACGGCGAGAGCCUCUCCGACUGCCCGCCGCUGCAAGAGCUGCUCCUCACGGCCGCCGACGUGCUGGACCUGCGACUCCCAGUCAAGCUGGUGGUCCUGGGCUCCUCGCAAGAGUCCAGCGGCCGGGUCACGGCCGACGGUGUCAUUGCGCUCACCCGCGCCUUCCUGGCCGCCGGGGCGCAGUGCGUGCUGGUGGCGCUCUGGCCCGUGCCCGUGGCCGCCUCCAAGAUGUUCCUGCACGCCUUCUACUCCUCGCUACUGAACGGCCUGAAGGCCAGCGCCGCCCUGGCCGAGGCCAUGAAGGUAGUCCAGAGCAGCAAGGCCUUCUCCGCCCCCUCCAACUGGGCAGGCUUCAUGCUCAUUGGCAGCGACGUCAAGCUGAACAGCCCCUCGUCGCUCAUCGGCCAGUCCCUGGCGGAGAUCCUGCAGCACCCGGAGCGCGCCCGGGACGCCCUGCGUGUGCUGCUGCAUCUGGUGGAGAAGUCCCUGCAGCGGAUCCAGAACGGGCAGCGCAAUGCCAUGUACACGUCCCAGCAGAGCGUGGAGAACAAAGUGGGCGGCAUCCCGGGCUGGCAGGCCCUGCUGACCGCCGUGGGCUUCCGGCUGGACCCCCCCGCCAGCGGCCUGCCCGCAGCUGUCUUCUUCCCGACCUCUGACCCCGGCGAGAGGCUACAGCAGUGUAGCAGCACCCUCCAGUCCCUGCUGGGUCUGCCCAACCCCGCCCUCCAGGCCCUCUGCAAGCUCAUCACCGCCUCUGAGACGGGCGAGCAGCUUAUCAGCCGGGCUGUUAAAAAUAUGGUUGGAAUGCUCCACCAGGUGCUGGUCCAGCUGCAGGCCGGCGAGAAGGAGCAGGACUUGGCGGCGGCGCCCAUCCAGGUGUCCAUCAGUGUGCAGCUGUGGCGGCUCCCCGGCUGCCACGAGUUCCUGGCCGCUCUCGGAUUUGAUCUCUGCGAAGUGGGUCAGGAGGAAGUAAUACUGAAAACCGGGAAACAGGCCAACCGUCGCACCAUGCACUUUGCGCUCCAGUCCUUGCUCGCUCUCUUUGAUUCCACCGAGCUGCCCAAGCGCCUCAGCCUGGACAGCUCGUCGUCGCUGGAGUCCCUGGCCUCGGCGCAGUCGGUGUCCAACGCGCUGCCCCUGGGGUACCAGCACCCCCCGUUCUCGCCGACGGCGGCCGACGGCCUCGCCUCGGACGCCAUCUCCGUGUACAGCCUGAGCUCCAUCGCCUCGUCCAUGAGCUUCGCGUCCAAGGCCGAGGGGGCGGCGGCGGCGGCCGAGGCGGGCGCGGGCGCGGGGGUCCCGGCGCGGGGGCCCAAGGGCGCCUACCCGCAGCGGGCCACGCUGCCGCGGAGCCAGGCGUCCCCCCACGCGCGGCCCGGCGGCGGCGGCGGGGCCAAGGACGACGACGAGUACCAGGGCUUCUCCAUCAUCAGCACCGAGCCGCUGGCGGCCUACGCGGAGGGCCGGGCCGGGGGGCCGGCGGCGGGGGUCGCGCGCUUCUCCCCCGACGCCGCCGCCGCCGCCGCGCGGGGCCGCCUGCAGGCGUCCGUCAGCUCCAAGGGCAGCGUGAGCACGCCCAACUCGCCCGCCAGGAGGGUGACGCUCAUCCCCAGCCCCAACUCGCCCUUCCAGAAGGUGGGCCGGCUGGCCAGCCCGGACGCGGGCGAGUCGGACCAGUCGAGCACCGAGACGGACAGCACCGUCAAGUCGCAGGACGACGCGCCGGGGGGCGCGGGCGGCGCGGGCGGCGCGCUGGACCCGCAGGAGCUGGCGCAGAAGAUUCUGGAGGAGACGCAGAGCCACCUGCUGGCCGUCGAGCGGCUGCAGCGCGGGGCCGCGCCCGACGGCGGCCCCGGCCCGGCCCCCGCGCCCCCCGCGCCCGCCGCCGUCGUCUUCCGCGCGUCCGAGACCAGCGCCUUCAGCCGGCCGCCCGCGCCCCCCGCGCCGCCCGCGCCCCCGGCCGCGCCCGCCAAGCCCCGGCCGCCCGCGCGCAGCUCGUCGCUGCCCCAGGCCGCGUCGGGCCGCGCCAGCCCCGGCAGCGCCUCGGACGCGCCCGGCUCGCUCGAGGGGGCGGCGGCGGCGUCGGGGGCGUCGGUGUCGUCGGCGGCCGCGUCGCCCCGCUUCAAGCCCAAGUACCCCAGCUCGCCCUACAGCGCGCACAUCGCCGGCUCGCCCCGCGGCGCCUCGCCCGCCGGCAGCGCCCCGUCGCCCGCGCUCUCGUUCGCGUCGUCGUCGGCGGGCUCGGCGCGCUCCAGCCCCGCGCCGCCCGCCCCGCGCGCCCCCGCCGCCCCCGCCGACGCCAACGCCAACGCCGACGCCAAGGUGCAGGCCGUGCACGACCUCAAGAUGUUCGCGCAGGCCGGGGGCCCGCCGCGCGCCGCGCCCGGGACCCUCACGGCCCGCCGGGACGUGCUCGGCCUCCUCAACCUCUCCCCGCGCCGCCGCGACCAGGACGGCGGCGCGGGCGCGGGCGCGGGCGGCGGGGACCGGCUGGAACUGCGCGAGCUGCCGCCCGCCCGGCGCCGCGACGCGCCCGCCGACGGCCCCUGGGAGGCGCCCGCCGCCGCCGCCGGCCCCCCGCGGCCCCUGCGCCUGCCCGCCGCCAACGGCUACAAGUUCCUCUCGGCCGGCAGGUUCUUCCCGUCCUCCAAAUGCUAG